AUGGUAUAUAGUACAAUAUUGAUGACGAGACAACCUGCUGUUUUUUGGGCUCAAAGAGAACAGUUAAUCUUGUUGAAGUUCGAAGUUGACGAGGUUAAGUUGGAGGAUCUAUCUGUCACUGAAGGAAACAAGUUGCAUUUUGCUGGAUCCAGCCACAAUGAAAAAUAUGAAUGCACAAUUGUGCUCUUUGAUGAAAUUGAUGUAAGUGGGAUUAAGAAAGUUGAGAACAGAGUUUUCGAAAUUACUAUCCCUAAGAAGGAGGCUAAGUGGUGGCCACGACUUUUCAAAGAAAAUAAAAAAGUACAUUGGUUGAGGGUUGAUUUUGACAAAUGGGUUGAUGAAGAUGACGAAGUAGCUGACGAAAAUGUCCCCAUGUCUGAUUUUAAUCUUGAUGCUUUUAUGCAACAACAAAUGGGUGAAGGAGGUAUGCCAGGAGUUCCCGAUUUCGAUGGCUUGGAUGACCUCAAAGACGAGGAUGGAGAUCUUCCCGAUUUGGAGUCUGAUGAGAAAGAAGACAAGUGA